GUAAAUCCGCCAUGUUUUCCCUCCUUGUAGCAGCGUUGCGACAGAGACGGAGAAUUCGAACGACAUGAAUGUAGAAAAUAAUCAUACGGCAGAAACAGAGUGUGAGCAAACGAAGGACGGCAACGAGACCAUCACUAUUCAGACUACCCUGGGAGAUGAAGAUGAAGAUGUACACAAGUGCGGACGCUGUCAGUGUGAGUUUUCCACGCUGGAGGCUUUCAUCCAACACAAGCUUCAGCACAACUGCCAACGUGCGGAGGCACGGGAGGAAAGCAGCCCAGAGGACAGCCAAGAGGUUACAGCAGCCAAUGGGAGUUCUUCAGAGGUGAAAAUAGCAGAAGGUGCAUCCACAGAGGAACCUGUAAAGAUCUCUAAUGAUGAGAGCAGUGAUGUUUUGGGUCGAGGUCGCAGGAAGAAAGUCGUGUCACAUAGAAUAGCUAUAGACCAGUCAGAUCGGACAGAAGGAUCCACAUCUGACAAUGCUGACGGAGACAAGCUUGUUUACAAAGUUAACAAUGAGGGACGCUAUAUAUGCCAACUUUGUGAGAAGACAUUUAAAACUACCAACAUCUUGAGAACUCACAUGAAAACUCACAGUGAUCAUAAGAACUUUGCAUGUGACCUAUGUGGGACCUCCUUUCGGACAAAAGGCUCCCUGAUUCGUCACAAUCGGCGUCACACAGAUGAGCGUCCGUAUCGUUGUAACUUAUGCGGCCAGUCUUUCAGAGAGUCCGGUGCCCUCACCAGGCACCUUAAAUCCCUCACACCAUGCACGGAAAAGAUCCGCUUUGUUCAGUAUAAGGAAAUCUUAGUGAGCAAAGAUGGAGUACAAAAAGGGGUCGACACUAAUCCUGCUGCAGUGGUUGGCCAACAAGAGGUGGUUGUUGUGGAGCAACAGCCAGAGGAGCAGGAGAUGGUGGAAGCACAAACCGCUGUUGUUAGCGUUGUAGAGGCUGGUCCUCAAGAGGUUCUCCAUCAGGUCCACUUCACGAUGGAGGUGGAUGGAACAACACAGGAGCAGCAGGUUGUGGUCGAGCAGUCCCAGGCAGAGGCCCUGGCAGCUGCUGCAGCAGCAGGUGACAACCUUAUCUGCCAGGCUAUCAUCAACUCUGGCAUCGCGCUGGGGACGGAGGAGACUGUGGUUGAAGAGACCUCAUCACAAGUAACCGAGGAGAUAAACAAAGAGGUUUCUGAGUGUCCUGAAGAUGAAGAGAGCAUGACUGAGAUCCAGGUGAAGGAGGAGUUUGUGGAGAUGGAGGCAGAGGAAGCAGGGGAUGGAGAUCAUCAGACAUCCUCAAAGUUGUAUCAGUGUCCACACUGUAAUCGCUCCUUCAAGGGACUAAAUUACUUUCGUUUUCAUGUCAAGGGCCAUUUAGGCUACAAGCCUUUUAAGUGCACCCUGUGCCACAAGGAGUUUCUGACUGGCUAUCUGCUGAAGAAACACAUGGAGGUGCAUGUCAGUGAGAGGAGGUACAAGUGUGGUGAGUGUGGCAAGCUGUACAAAACCAUCGGGCAUGUACGUGAGCACAUGAGGGCGCACUCGGAUGAAAGACCCUACAGCUGCUCCAGAUGCAACAAGGGGUACAAAACCAAGAAUGCCUUGCAGGUCCAUCAGCGGACCCACGGCGAUGAGAAACCUUAUGUGUGUCAGUUCUGCUUAAGAGGCUUCAGAGAGAAAGGAUCUCUGGUGCGACACAUACGCCAUCACACCGGGGAGAAGCCAUACAAGUGUCCAAAAUGUAAAAGAGGCUUCGCUGAGCACGGGACUCUCAACCGACAUAUGCGAGCCAAAGGCUGCCGAAAGGACGACCCCAGUGAGCAGCAGGGUGCAGAAACAGAGGGGCAGGCGUCAGUAGAUAGCAUUGCUACAGCAGCCAUCAUCUCAGAGGAUCCUCACGCUGUCCUGGUGGAGUUCUCCUCUGUGGUGGCCGACACACAGGAGUAUAUCAUCAAGACUCAAACGGAGGAGGAAGUGCAGGAAGAGGAGGUCACACUCAUUCAAGACGGCCAAAAUGAGAUGGAAAACCAAAUCAUGAAAGUGGUGCAGCGAAUUGUCAGCCAGUCACAAGGCGCCGGCGGGACAGGCAGCCAUCAGAUCAUCGUGCGCGACGUAGGGAUGAACGAAGAGGGCCCCACGAUCUCUGACUGCGGCGACACCAUCACCAUCGCUACACCGGAGUGCCUGACGGAGCAGGUGGCUAUGACCCUGGCCUCGGCCAUCAGUGAUGGCACGCUUCUGGCCACAACGGGGACUGUGGAGACUGCGGAUGGAACAGUUACUAUGGUUACCACAGAGGAAGCGGUAGAAGAGGGGAUACAGGUGGUGCAGCAGCAAGAGGAAUACGUCAUCACUUCUCCAGAGGAGGUGGAGAUUCAGACUGUCAUUGUAUGAUAGAAGAGGAUAAUAACUGGACUGUGAGGGUUUUACUGUGACUGUUUCUGUGUAGCUUAUCACUGCAGAGCGUGGAUGAGCUUCAUGUUUGAGAUCUGACUCCAAAACAAAGGCCAAAGUGUUCAUAACAUUAUGUCUGUGUGACACAUGAAGAAUGCGUGUACAUGAGGACUACUUCUAUACAGUUUUGUGGCUAGAUUUACUUAAGUGAACACUGCCUUCAUUAUGCUAGCUAAUCAUUUGACUUUCACUUUUUGCAUACAGCCUAAACAAGAAUUUAACUUGAUUCAAUUUUUUGUUACGUUUUUCAUUCAUAUGCCUGAACUGAUGCAUAACGUUUUUGAGUGGUACAGACUGAACAUGUCUUCACUUUUAUCCUCAGUCAGAAAGUGGAGCUCUCUCCUUCUUUAAGAAAGCUCAGCAGAGCUCUGUGAUGUCUGUGUCGGCUACAGACAAGUUGAGAUCUCUUCAUCUGUGCUCUGAAAUGUGAUGCUCUUAAAAGAUGAACGGUGAGUGCUUACAGAUUUGAGUCUAUGCAGGGAUGGUUUAUUGGUACAGAGAUGCUCCUCUGAGCUGGUCACUAAUAAUGCAUCUUUAAGCAUGACUCAUUCACCAAACAUACAAAGUGUGUUCAGCUCAUUUGAGCAGCCUUUGCUUUGAAUAAAUGCUAUUUUCUUACA